AUGAAGAUCACCUGCUUUUUGCUGCUGAUUCUCUCUCUAUCCAGCUUCCAGAUCAACCCAGUUGCUGUCCUUGACACAGUAACGUGUAUUGACAAUAAAGACACCUGUCACAUGAAGAACUGUCCACGCUUUCAUAAGGAAGUGGGCACCUGUUAUGAAGGAAGAGGCAAGUGUUGUCACAAAUGCUGCUGA